AAACGGUCCCCCGGUUGGUUGUCGCAAUAUGGCUGCGACUGUAGUCAAACAUGCUUUGUAUCCUGAUGCAACAAUCACCAUGGCGUUGUUUAGAGACGUUACGAAUGCAGCAGAGCUUCGACAACAUGUCAUGAAGGGAGAAUUCGAGGCUUCCCUCUUGAAACCAGCAAUGAUUGUGGAUCCAUUCCAAGUCCUUGUAGCUGCCAAUAAAGCUGUACAUUUACAACGCAGUGGGAAAAUGAUGACAAGAAAUGUUCACACAGAGAUACUCUUCAGUCUUUCACCCUCAAAAAAUAUUUCAGAUUCAUUCAAGAAAUUCGGUUUGGGUGACUCUGAUACAUCAGCUUUAGUUGUGAUCAUCAAUGACAACAAUGGCAGCACACUGACAGCUGUGACAGACAAGGUGCAAGGAAGACUGGUUGAUGUCACAGAAGUUAAAGAGCUCACAGACUCAAACAUAGUGAAUAAGGUGUACAAGCUCACUGAGGAAGAGCUGACUAUAUCAUCUCCACUGGACUCCAUCACGACAAGGAUUGCAGCGAAGGAAAUGGCCGUUGUUUGACACACACCAGCUACUGUUCUGCUCUAUAGAUUUGAAUGAACAUGUAAAUUGAAAAUAAACAAUAUCUGUCA